GAGGUGUGGCAUUUUAAGGGUGUGGCUAAAUAGCUGUGAAAAUGUCUGAUGAGCCUCAGAGAACAGAGCUGGUAGAGGGAGAGAAUGAUGCCAAUCAAUCUCCUGAAGAACUUGCCAAGUUUGUGGAAACAUUGCUAGGAGAUAUGCAAAACAAGUUCCAGCAAAUGAGCGAACAGAUUAUUGGUAGACUGGAUGAAAUGGGUAAAAGAGUCGACGAUUUAGAGAAGAACAUAUCCGACCUGAUGCAACAAGUGGACUCAAAAGAAGAAUCAGGAGGUGGUGGAAAAUAAACAAACAAACAAACAAUAACAAUAAUAAUAACAAAACUAUACAAAUAAAAUUUAAUCAUAAUUGAAAAUUUGAAAAAGAGUGAAUUAUUUUGGGAAAAGUAAA